CAUCCCUUUCCCAACACUCUCCUGCCCCCCUCCUGCUUCUCAAGCUUCUUCUACACCUACCUGUGUGUUAUGUCCUUAUAAGGACAUCCGUCCGGAUUGGCUGCAAGCCUCGGGCGGGAAGUUUGAAUAGCUGUCUUUGGGGCAGUGCGUCUGCUGGAGCGAAUAUAAGGAGAGCUCCGGCAGCACAGCACCAGUCUUGCUACUGUUGCAAUAAAGUUACUAAAUGUAUCGAGCUGGUCACGUCUUCUUUCCCUGCGCCUGAUCUAACACUGGCGACGAAGGACUAGAGAAGAGAACCUGAACAAGACGCGUGGCACGAUCGCCUAACCGAGCUGAAGUCACCCAACCGCGGCAUCCUACAGAAUGGCAAAUCCGCAAGCACCAAUCACGUCGCUGAAUCCAUUCGACCUGGCAAGAGAGAAAUGGAGGUCGUAUAUGGUCAGAUUCUGGCAAUUCCUCCGAGGAAACAGCUAUCAGAACCUCGACGAUGAACGCAAGAGAGCCCUCUUCCUGGCCCACUGCGGUUCUGACGUCCUAGAGAUGGCCAUCGACCUCAUGGCGCCCAGAGAUAUUGGGGAGAUGUCCUGGAGUGACCUGCAGGAAGUCCUACAGGAACACUACGCACCCACAGGCACCCCGAUUGCAAACAGAUUCACCUUCCAGCAGAGGAGUCAAUGGGAAGGUGAAUCCAUUAAAGUGUUCGUGGCCGCACUUCGUCAAAUCGCUGCCAAUUGCGAAUUUGACAACGUUGAUAAUGCCAUCCGGGACUGCAUCGUCUUCGGGAUGUGGGAUGUGGGUCUCCAGAAGAAAUUCCUGAGCUGCAAGAGGAUCCCACUCAAGGAAGUCCUUGAAGAAGCCACAGCCGCUGAGACUUCUGAGAAAGCAGCUGCCGCAAUGGUGAAGGCGAGGGGGAUCCACAAGAUCCACAAGUUGGGCCCAAAUUCCUCAGAUGACUCUGCCACGCCAUCCGAAUCUGAUGAGGAAAUGGCCGUACACAAGGUUUCCCGCCCCCCCAGGCGGGAAAAUCCCCAACAUGGCGACCGGGGGGAACGCUGCGGCAGCUGCAAAGGUGACCACCCUAGAGCAAACUGCAGAUGGAGUGACGCGACCUGCCAUCGUUGCCUGAAGAGGGGACACAUAGCCGAAGCAUGCAGAGCAGCAGAUCCAGCCCCGGAACCACCCAGGCCAAGAUUCCGCGAAAAUCGCAAAGACACCCAGAGGACAUCCAAACGGUCCUCGAACCAGUCCAGGCACGGAGACGAUGAAUAUCCUCACAACAGAGCAGUGCACCAAACCACAAUCGCCCACACAAGCGACAACGGUGCCACUAAAUUCAACGUGACACUGUUGGCAGAGGGGUCACCGUGCAUAAUGGAAGUAGAUUCAGGCUCCAUCUACUCCAUUAUGGACUGGCAACAUCUGAAGCACCUGAAGCCAGCCUGUGAAAAGAACCAGUUAAAGCCCCUGAGGUCGAGGCUCAUGGACUUCAGAGGAAACCCCAUCGGUGUCCUGGGCAGAACCACACUCCACAUUGCCUUCAAGGAAUUCCAAGGCAACCUUCCCAUCACAGUCGUGGAACACAGCCGCCCGAACCUGCUGGGAGUGGAGUGGUUCAAGCCACUAGGGUUAUCAAUCGGAGGCAUCCAUCAGAUCCAGAGGGACGAACUCGACAAUCUCAUCGAAGAGUUCAAGGAAGUCUUCGAUGAAAGCUACGAUUGCUGAGCCACUCCACCGCCUGCUGGGGAAAGCGGCUUCUGGAAGUGGGACCAAGAGGAGGAAGCAGCAUUCCGGGCCAUCAAAAGACUGUUAACAUCCAAAAGCAUCCUCAUACAAUACAAUGAGACGCUCCCAAUUAGGCUCACCUGCGAUGCAUCACCCAACACAUCACCCCGCAUGCCACCACAAGAAAAUGCCCGGCGGAGCUGUUGAUGGGCAGAAGACUCCAGUCACCACUGGACAGACUGCACCCCCAAUACGACUCAGAGGUACCCGCAACUGCCAGCCGCCAACUUCGCACCUUUGCCAUAGGAGAUCCGGUUUUUGCUUUGAAUUUUCACGGCUCUCCAAAAUGGCUGAAGGGGAAGAUCGAGAGCACAACCGGUCCGAAGUCCUAUUGGGUAGAGCUGGAAGAUGGACAGGUCUGUAGACGUCACAUCGACCAACUCCGGAAGAGGUGGAAGGGUGUGGGGGAAAACCAGCCCGACGAGGUAGGCUUGCAACAC